AUGGCCGAGGCGACUGGAAAUUCCGAGAGCCCAAAGCUUGCCACAGAUGCUCAUGUAAAAUAUGUCCUGAGUUUGGACACCAAGACCGAUGAGCUGGACUACUGGAUGACUGAGCACCUACGGCUAAACGGUGCAUACUGGGGCCUGUCUGCACUCCAUUUCCUCAGUCACCCUGAGGCUCUACCGCGCAAGGAUACCAUCGACUUUGUUCUCUCCUGCCAGCACGACAAUGGUGGCUUUGGAGCUGCUCCUGGACAUGAUACCCACUUGCUCUCCACGGUAAGUGCCGUGCAGAUUCUCGCCAUGGUUGACGGCUUCGAUGAGCUGGAAGCACGAGGGAAGGGAAAGGCUGUUGUUGGCAAGUUCUUAGCGGACCUUCAAAAUCCUGAGAGUGGAAGCUUCUUUGGCGAUGAGUGGGGUGAAGAGGACACAAGAUUUCUAUACGCCGCCCUCAACGCUCUAUCUCUACUAGGCCUUUUGUCUCUUGUAGACGUUGAUAAAGCCGUUGCUCACGUCGUCUCCUGCACGAACUUUGAUGGCGGCUAUGGGGCCAAGCCAGGAGCAGAGUCUCAUGCUGCCCAGGUCUUUACCUGCGUCGCUGCCCUUGCCAUCGCCGGACGCCUUGAUCUUGUAGAGCACGAGAAGCUCGGCCGCUGGCUGAGCGAGAGACAGCUUCCAGGAGGCGGGCUCAACGGCCGGCCUGAGAAGCAGGAAGACGUUUGCUACAAUCCCGAUAACGGCGGCUUUUCCGACAGACCCGGUAACCAGGUGGACGUUUGGCACACGUGCUUUGGUGCCGCAGGGCUGAGCUUACUUGGGUACCCUGGCAUGGAACCUGUGGAUCCGAGAUAUUGCAUGCCCAAGAAGAUUGUGGCGAGAGUCUUAGGGGAAUGA